CUUUGUCGUAAUGACCCAAGUAAGGUAAACCGGUUUCAUACCCGGGCUGAAACUCAUUCACCGCUGCUGGGGGGGUGAAAAAACACUUCCUACUUAUUCACUCAGUGUUCACCAUAUCCUGACUAGAUAUGACUCGAACUACAGCCCCUGUGCCCAACGGAAACCUCAAGGUACAACUGAACGGGAAUAAUUUAAAAAACGCGAAUUGUAAGAAAAAUGGAUAUCACAAUAAGGCACAGAAAAACAGCACAGCACAUAGUGCUGGGCCCCCCUCCAGUCGGCAGAGGUUUCAGAGACCAGAAUCCUUUGAGCAGGCUCCCAUGUACGUAGCCGUGAUGACAUACCUGGGGUUCGGCAUCGUCACACUGUUCGGAUACUUCAGGGACUUCCUCAGAGCAGUAGGACUGGAGAAAUGUCACAUCGCCAGGGAGAGAGAGGAGCAGAAGGAUUUUGUCCCCCUGUAUCAAGACUUUGAGAACUUCUACACCCGUAACCUGUACAUGAGAGUAAGAGACAACUGGAACAGACCUAUCUGCAGUCUACCUGGGCCGGUGUUUGAUGUGAUGGAGAGGGUGUCCCCAGACUACAACUGGACAUUCAGUUUAACAGGGAAGACCAUAGACAAUGUCAUCAACAUGGGUUCCUAUAACUACCUGGGUUUCGCUGAGAACCACGGUGAUUUCCUGAAGACUGUGGCUGACAGAACCCAGCAGUAUGGUCUCGGUGUCUGCAGCACACGACAGGAAAUGGGUAACCUGGCUAUCCAUGAGGAGUUGGAGCAGCUUGUAGCCACCUUCCUGGGGGCAGAGUCCUCCAUGAUCUUCGGCAUGGGCUUUGCUACCAACUCUAUGAACAUCCCGGCGCUGGUCGGCAAGGGCUGUCUGAUUCUGAGUGAUGAGCUGAACCACACCUCGCUGAUCUUGGGGGCCAGGUUGUCAGGGGCAACCAUCUGGGUGUUUAAGCACAACAACAUGCAGAGCCUGGAGCGUCUGUUGAGGGAGGCGGUGUGUACUGGGCAGCCUCGGACUCACCGGCCCUGGAAGAAGAUCCUGAUCAUGGUGGAAGGAAUCUACAGUAUGGAGGGGUCUGUGGUGCGUCUGCCAGACAUCGUAGCCCUGAAGAAGAAGUACAAGGCCUACCUGUACCUAGACGAGGCUCACAGUAUCGGGGCGGUGGGGCCGACAGGCCGGGGUGUGACAGAACUGUUUGGUCUGGACCCCUCAGACAUCGACGUCAUGAUGGGAACAUUCACCAAGAGUUUCGGGGCUGCAGGAGGAUACAUCGCUGGGAAAAAGGAACUGGUUGACUACCUGCGUAGCCACUCCCACAGUGCGGUGUACGCCUCGGCCAUGUCUCCUCCCGUCACAGAACAGAUCCUGAGAGCCAUGAAAUGCAUCAUGGGGCUGGAUGGAACCACCGUGGGUCAGGCCAGGGUGCACCAGCUAGCAGAGAACACGCGCUACUUCAGGUCUCGUCUUCAAGAGAUGGGUUUCAUCAUCUACGGUAACGAUGAUUCUCCUGUGGUCCCAAUUCUGCUCUACAUGCCAGGAAAAGUUGUGGCUUUCUCUCGUGCCAUGCUGAAGAGGAAGAUAGGAGUGGUGGUGGUGGGGUUUCCUGCUACGCCCAUCACAGAGGCACGGGCACGCUUCUGUCUGUCUGCUGCACACACCAAGGCCAUGCUUGACCAGGUGUUGUUUGAUCUGAACGAGUUAGGAGAUGAUUUGUGUCUGAAGUUCUCCCGGAGGAAAUAUUCUCCUCGUCCACAACACAACAACAACGACGACACAGACUUUGAGCUGGACAGUUAGCCAAUUGACUGAUAGGAUAACCCCUGAUCUCUGACCUCCCACCUCUGACCUCCCACCUCUGCACUGAGAGACUGUAACGGUGGUUCCAUGCUGACAGGGACAGCCAUAUGUCCCAAUAAUUUCUCCUUUAUCCCGAAUUGUGCACUGGUGCUCUCCUCCCCACACAUGUUAAAAACAUUGGAUUGGUGUAAGCAUGGGUUAGACGGUGUCUAGUACCAUUUGUCUUGUACCAGAUCAUAAUGGGAAGUGAACAGGUUGUACAUGGUUAGAUUUUGGGAACAGCAGGUGGGCCUCUACUUUCCCUGCCAGUCUAAUACACUGAGAGAGUGGGGUCUCAUCUCUACCAGUCUAAUACACCGAGAGAGUGGGGUCUCAUCUCUACCAGUCUAAUACACUGAGAGAGUGGGGUCUCAUCUCUACCAGUCUAAUACACCGAGAGAGUGGGGUCUCAUCUCUACCAGUCUAAUACACCGAGAGAGUGGGGUCUCAUCUCUACCAGUCUAAUACACUGAGAGAGUGGGGUCUCAUCUCUACCAGUCUAAUACACUGAGAGAGUGGGGUCUCAUCUCUACCAGUCUAAUACACCGAGAGAGUGGGGUCUCAUCUCUACCAGUCUAAUACACUGAGAGAGUGGGGUCUCAUCUCUACCAGUCUAAUACACCGAGAGAGUGGGGUCUCAUCUCUACCAGUCUAAUACACCGAGAGAGUGGGGUCUCAUCUCUACCAGUCUAAUACACCGAGAGAGUGGGGUCUCAUCUCUACCAGUCUAAUACACCGAGAGAGUGGGGUCUCAUCUCUACCAGUCUAAUACACUGAGAGAGUGGGGUCUCAUCUCUACCAGUCUAAUACACUGAGAGAGUGGGGUCUCAUCUCUACCAGUCUAAUACACCGAGAGAGUGGGGUCUCAUCUCUACCAGUCUAAUACACCGAGAGAGUGGGGUCUCAUCUCUACCAGUCUAAUACACCGAGAGAGUGGGGUCUCAUCUCUACCAGUCUAAUACACCGAGAGAGUGGGGUCUCAUCUCUACCAGUCUAAUACACCGAGAGAGUGGGGUCUCAUCUCUACCAGUCUAAUACACCGAGAGAGUGGGGUCUCAUCUCUACCAGUCUAAUACACUGAGAGAGUGGGGUCUCAUCUCUACCAGUCUAAUACACAGAGAGAGUGGGGUCUCGUCUCUACCAGUCUAAUACACUGAGAGAGUGGGGUCUCAUCUCUACCAGUCUAAUACACUGAGAGAGUGGGGUCUCAUCUCUACCAGUCCAAUACACUGAGAGAGUGGGGUCUCAUCUCUACCAGUCUAAUACACUGAGAGAGUGGGGUCUCAUCUCUACCAGUCUAAUACACCGAGAGAGUGGGGUCUCAUCUCUACCAGUCUAAUACACUGAGAGAGUGGGGUCUCAUCUCUACCAGUCUAAUACACUGAGAGAGUGGGGUCUCAUCUCUACCAGUCUAAUACACUGAGAGAGUGGGGUCUCAUCUCUACCAGUCUAAUACACCGAGAGAGUGGGGUCUCAUCUCUACCAGUCUAAUACACUGAGAGAGUGGGGUCUCAUCUCUACCAGUCUAAUACACUGAGAGAGUGGGGUCUCAUCUCUACCUCAUACAACGAAAAGGAAUUUCCAGUGCCCAAAGUGCUGCUGCUCUGUUCUGUAUAUAAUAGUGUGUGUUUAUAUUAGAAUGUAAAUUAACAGAUCAUAUAUUUCUGAUCAUUAUACAAGGCAACCAAUCGUUCCAGGCUGCCUUUUGUAAAUAAGAAUGUGUUCUUAAUUGACUGGCCUGAUUUUUUUUAAAUAAAUGUCAAAUGAAUGAAUUGAUCUGAAAUGUAUGAAAGCCAGAGGCAGAGAAAGAUGUCCGUCUCUUGGCGUCUCAUGAUGUCUUUAAUUAAACGUUGUUUUGUUACCGUAACCUCUUGGUUCUUCGCCGAGGUGGUUUCAGUGGGCUCUUGUCAUUUUACACCCAAAUACAUCGUACAUUUUGUAUUUUUCCCCACAGCAUGUUUCCAUGUGCUUCUGAACUCGCAUUGAUGAUAACGUUGCGUUAUGACGUGAUAUUAACAUACUAUCGUCUGAAUCUGAUGCUGAAGAAAACUACUUUUCUAAAACAAAGGAACUGUUUUAGUUCCAGAAUGUUCCAUUAAAAGUCACGCUGUCUGUCUUUACGACAAACCAGACUGUUCCAUUAAAAGUCAUGCUGUCUGUCUGUCUCUACGGCAAACCAGACUGUUCCAUUAAAAGACAUGUCUGUCUCUACAACAAACCAGAAUGUUCCAUUAAAAGUGAUGUCUGUCUCUACGACAAACCAGAAUGUUCCAUUAAAAGUGAUGUCUGUCUCUACGACAAACCAGACGGUUCCAUUAAAAGUGAUGUCUGUCUCUACGACAAACCAGAAUGUUCCAUUAAAAGUGAUGUCUGUCUCUACGACAAACCAGAAUGUUCCAUUAAAAGUCAUGUCUGUCUCUACGACAAACCAGAAUGUUCCAUUAAAAGUGAUGUCUGUCUCUACGACAAACCAGACUGUUCCAUUAAAAGACAUGUCUGUCUCUACGACAAACCAGAAUGUUCCAUUAAAAGUGAUGUCUGUCUCUACGACAAACCAGACUGUUCCAUUAAAAGUCAUGUCUGUCUCUACGACAAACCAGACUGUUCCAU